UCGAGGGAACCCUCCAGACCAUGGUAGGCUGGCGCUGCCCUGCCUGCUGACCCUGACCGCAUCCUGUGACCUUGACUUCAUUUGUAAUUCUGACCUUCACCUCAUUGCCUGAACUCACCCUGACCUUGACCUUGUCCCUCUCACUGACAUCCUUGACCUUGAUGUUGUGUCCAGUCCUGACCUCUUCUUCUCCCUUGAUGUGAUCCUUGCUCCCGGCCAGUCCAUCCAUGGGGGUCCUGACUUGGGUCUCUGCUUUCCUGGACUCGGCACCCAGAAGAGCCCGGAAAAAAGCGGAAGGAGGAGCCAGCUCCAACGUCUUCUCCAUGUUCGAUCAGUCCCAGAUCCAGGAGUUUAAAGAGGCCUUCACCAUCAUGGACCAGAACCGGGACGGCUUCAUCGACAAGGAGGACCUGAGGGACACCUUUGCUGCCCUGGGAAGGCUAAGCUGGGGAAGAAGCUCCCUGAACCCUUGGCCUCUAAGGGGCCCUGGGACCCAGUGCCAACCGCUGUCUGUCCUCUUUAUUCUGUGUGUGCUGCUUCUAGGGACGGACCCCGAGGAGACCAUUCUCCACGCCUUCAAGGUGUUCGACACUGAAGGGAAAGGUUUCGUCAAGGCUGAUUUCAUCAAAGAGAAGCUCAUGACGCAGGCAGACCGGUUCAGUGAGGAGGAGGUCAAGCAGAUGUUUGCCGCUUUCCCGCCAGAUGUGUGUGGCAAUCUGGACUACAGGAACCUGUGUUAUGUCAUCACUCAUGGUGAAGAGAAGGACUAGACAAGACCACGGACCCUCCCCCGCUCCAAACCCCCCACACAUUCAGAGGUAGCAAAUACUGGGAGAUGGCAGGGGUGGCCCUUGAAGAGCCCCAGCGGCCAAUGUGUGCGAAGAGAAGACUCCCUGGCUUGUGGGUCAGGGGCAAAAGCAAGAAUAAAUAAUGCUAACAAGG